GCGUUUUGAAGAUCUAGUUUACACAUUGUCUUUCAUAAGUUGUCAGGUCGGCUGGCGUGACGAGAGUAAUUCAUCCUAACACAUCCCUAGGCAGAGAGAUUUUGCUCGAGCUGGAAUCUUCGGACAACAGAUCACGUCUGCUUACAUACCCAAAGACUAUAUUCCGGUUCUCUUUACUCGUACGUAGGGGAUCGCCCAUUCGGCGUCAGAACCUAUGAGUUUCCAGGACAUUGCACAAAGUGGCAGCACAAGGGAGCUCCGUCAAUAUGGGGGUGCACCAGAAUCCCAGGCUGACAAGGCCAAUAAGGACCUGAUAGCCAGGGUGUUCAGGCUCCAGACAGAAGUGUCACGGCUGCGCUCUGAUGUCAACAAGCUGGGAGGCCCUCGGGAUACAGUAGAUCUCCGUCACAAGGUGGGCUCUACAACAGUGAGGCUGCAGGAAGAUGCCAAGUCAAUUAAGGAGGCGCUCACCGUUGCGCACUCUGAACACAAGAGCAGGCAGACUACGAAGAUCCUCAGCGAUUUCGAGGAGCAGAAGCGGCUUGAACUUGGGGAGAUGGACACUCAAAUCCAGUACAACGAAGCCCUCAUAGACGAGAGGGACCAGGGCAUCGCAGAGAUCUCGCAGCAGAUUGGGGAGGUCAAUGAGAUUUUCCAAGAUCUGGCUGUGCUUGUGAAUGACCAGGGUCUCAUGCUGGAUGACAUCGAGUCCAACAUCGAGCGCACUGCAGACCGCACGCGCGCAGCUGGCUCGGAGCUUGUUCGCGCAGAACGCUAUCAGCGUUCCUCCCGCAACAAGAUGUGUUUGAUUCUGCUCAUCGUCGCCUUUGUCCUUGCAGUUAUCGUCUUGGUCACAACCCUGUAG